AGCAGUAAACAUUUUUUGUUGCUGUGUUGGAGUGAGUAAUUGUAAUUUAUCUCCAGGUAUUUGCCGAAAAUAAAAAUUAGCCAAAAAUAGAAAAAUGUCGCAUCAAACUGGUAUAAAAGGUAAUGAUAAACUUACAAAAGUUUUUGGGAAAAGCAAAAACGGAAAGCUGCGGGUUAUAAAAGUUUCAAUAGAAAAUGAGGAACUUAACUGUACAGCUACAGCAGAGGUAAAAAAAGACUGGGAGAGGGACUAUGACAAGUUAAUUGCACCGUUGUUAGAAGAAAAUGUACCAUGUUAUAUACUUUAUCGGUUGGAUAGUAAAACCUCGCUUGGUUAUGCAUGGCUGCUGUUGAGUUGGGUGCCGGAUACGGCAACAAUACGACAAAAGAUGGUUUAUGCUUCCACAAAAGCAACGCUUAAAACCGAAUUCGGUUCGGCGCAUAUUACUGAGGAAAUACACGCAACAACCUUAGAAGAGACUACUUUUGAAGGCUACGUACGGCAUAAACAAGACUUUGCAGCACCGGCACCACUAACCACUCGUGAGGAAGAGCUGGUAGAGUUGCGCAAAACUGAAAUUAACACCGAUAUUAAUACGGAUACGCGUCACCAAACCCUGGGCGGAGUAGUGUGUGCAAUGUCUGAUGCCACUGUUGCGGCUGUUAAGGAUUUGCUACGAGGUUCGUAUGACUAUCUUCAAUUUCGUAUCGAUUUGGACGAGGAGCGCAUACAUGUGUCGAAGGCAGCAGUGGUGCCGCUGAAUGAAUUGCCCCAUCAGGUGCCGACCGAACAUGCACGCUAUCAUUUAUACCUCUUCAAGCACACGCAUGACGGUGACUAUCAAGAAGCAUUUGUUUUCAUAUAUUCUAUGCCUGGGUAUACAUGUUCGGUGCGUGAACGUAUGAUGUAUUCCAGCUGCAAAGCACCAUUUUUGGACAACUUGAGCACGUUUGGAGUAAAUGUUGCGAAAAAGUUGGAAAUCGAUAGUGGUUCUGAAUUGACUGAGGAGUUUCUGCUCGAAGAACUCCAUCCAAAAAAACUUGCCAGCAGACCAGCAUUUGCGAAACCUAAAGGCCCACCUAGUCGCGGUGCAAAACGUCUGACUCGACCACAAGAGCAAUCUUAAGUGCAGAAUGGACAUAGAACUCUAUUCGGCAACUUGACAACCUCGCGGCAAUAAUUUGACUAAUGCUUUCUUUAUUCUUCCACCUGAUGUUUAACUCGCAUUUUAUCAUGAUUCAAGUAUUUAACUAUAAGAAGUGUCUACAAGAUAUUCAUACAUAUAUGUACAUAAACAUAAUGUGUAAUAGUAUUGAAUGUUAGAAAUUAUGUUUAUUUGUGUUCACUUCCACGCAAUAUCUAUUAAUAGUUACGUAAAUGUACACAAAUGCAUACAUGUAAAGA